AUGCCAUUUCGUUCUCAUCGACAUGACACUUUCAUGCCUUCAUCAUUCAACCUCCGAUCUGCCAACAUCGCUAUGAGCAACGACCACCGUCGUCAGCAGGGCGAUCAGGCUAAGCUGUGCUGUGCUGUAACUUGCGUUGCCCCCCCCGUUCCCCCUCACCUAUCGAUUGCUGUUCUUGGAAAUACUAGUCAAUCGAUCGUAGGUCGAUUCUUCGAAGCCGCUGAAGGUAUUGCAUAUUGGAAUUUGUGGAACGGCCACCGAGCGAAGCGACUGAGGUGCCGUUUCGACGGUGAAAUAUGUUAUGUGCUCUGGUCGGGUCGGUCGACCACGGGUGUAUUACAGCAACAGAUUGAACGCCACGGCAACCUGCUGAUCAGCUCCAUACACAAGCAGCUGAUCCUCGCAGCCGAACACCCGCACCGCAGCGAUUGCGUCGUCGAUAACCUCAUCGACCGUCGUUUACGAUCUUUCCCGUCGUUAGAGCGCCGCUGGCACGGCCUGUGGCUGAGGUCAUUGGAGCAGCUGUAUCGUCUUGAACAGCCGAUAGCACAGGAGAUAUUUGAUGCAAGGUACAUGCCCGUUGCAGUCGUUCAAAGUAGAGCGACUGCCGGAUGCCUGUUUCAGAGAAAAGCUAGUAAGCCAUCGGUCAUCGGUAGCAGUUUUUGA